AUGGUACACUGUCAUUAUACACCUAUAAUUAACUCGCUAAUAUAUGUCUCUCUCUCUAUUUCAGACACGUCAAGAAUAUGUCUGACGGAAGACUGUGUAAAGACUGGUGCGUCACUGCUGGCGGCGAUGGACCAAACGGCGGACCCCUGCACCGACUUCUUCCAGUUCGCGUGUGGAAUGUGGAAUAAGAAACACGUUAUACCUGAAGACCGCGCCUCUAUCAACACCUUCGAAGUGAUGGCUGACCAACUGCAGAAAAUCCUUAGAGGCUUGUUAGAGGAACCUGUCUCACCUGACGAAGGAGAAGCGACCAAGAAGGCCAAAUUGUUCUACUCUGCCUGUAUGAAUACCAGUGAGAUCGAGACUACGGGAGAUGCACCUGUAAUCGCGGUACUGAACUCUCUUGGUGGGUGGCCUGUGACAUCUCCUAACUGGACGCUGCCAGAUUUUUCGGUGGAGACCCUCAUAGGCAGGAUGCGGGGGCAGCUCAACCAAGGAGUGCUCAUCGACCAGUGGGUGGGGCCUGAUGACAAGAACUCCUCCGUCAACGUCAUACAGCUAGACCAGAUGGCUCUGGGUCUCUCCAGCCGCGACUACUUCUUAAGGACUAACUCUACCCGCCGAGCCCUCGAUGCCUACGUCAAGUUCAUGACAGACGUGGCGGAGCUGGUGGGCGCUGAUCGGGAAGAAGGAGCCGAGGAGUUACAGGAGGUGCUGGCCCUGGAGACACGCCUGGCUAAGGCGACGAUGCCGGAGGCUGACCGUCACGACACUGGGAGUAACUACGUGAAGCUCAGUUUGGCGGAGUUGAUGGCGGAGGUGCCGGAGUUCAACUGGUUAGACUACCUGUCCGCCUUCCUCAAAGAGAAACUGACCCCACACGAGCCAAUAGUCGUGUACUUCAUGCCACUCCAAGCCUCGGCUAAGAUAAUGGUCACUACUGAUAAGAGAGUUUUGUGGAACUACGUGUUAUGGCGUCUAGUGCUAGAGUUCCCACACCUAGUCGAGCUUACCAGGCCAGGAGACACGAGUUCCAGAAGGUGUCUCGGCAUCCAGUCUGAUAGAAAUCGCUGGAACCUCUGCAUCGAAUGGACCAACAAGCGUCUCGGUAUGGCUGUCGGCGCCUUGUUUAUCAAGGAUAACUUUAACCCGGAGAGUAAGGAGACGGCGCUGGAGAUGAUUCACACGCUAAGGUCAGCCUUCUCAGACCUACUGGAGGAGAACGAUUGGAUGGACGAUGAGACGAGGUCGGUGGCUCGAGAGAAGGCCAACGCUAUGAACGAGAAGAUCGGCUACCCUGAAAUGCUUACUAAACCCAAAGUUGCAGAGGAGUACAGGAACCUGACCGUAAUGGAGAACCAACACCUUCAGAAUAUGUUCAACUGGCUGAAGUUCGACGCCAGCAAGAACUUGGGGCGCCUGAGGGAGAACGUGAACAAGGCCAAGUGGUCAACCGCACCUGCCGUCCUCAACGCCUUCUAUAACCCGAAUUUCAACGACAUAGUGUUCCCGGCAGGUAUCUUGCAGCCUCUCUUCUACUCCCAGCACCUGCCCAAGUCCCUCAACUAUGGGGGUAUAGGGGUGGUGAUCGGGCACGAGAUGACCCACGGGUUCGACGACAAGGGGCGACAGUUUGACAAGGAGGGCAACCUGAAACAAUGGUGGAACAACCGCACCAUCCACGCCUUCAGGAAGCGAGCACAGUGUAUCAUCGACCAGUACUCGGGGUACGAGGUGGAGCAAGUAAACCAGUUCAUCAACGGCCGCAUGACCCAAGGGGAAAACAUUGCUGAUAACGGAGGCAUUAAGCAGGCGUACAGGGCGUACCGUCAGUGGGUCAAGAGGAACGGUGAGGAGAAGUUGCUGCCAGGGAUCAAACUCAACCACGACCAAUUGUUCUUCCUCAACUAUGCCAGGAUCUGGUGUGGCACAAUGCGACCCGAGGACGCCCUCUCCAAGAUCCGGUCCUCUGUGCACUCCUUAGGGCCUAUCCGAGUCCUGGGACCCCUCUCCAACUCCGAGGACUUCGCUAGGUCUUACAACUGCCCCGUCGGAAGUAAGAUGAACCCAAAAAAGAAAUGCUCCGUGUGGUGAAGAGUUAUCUUGAAGAAAAACAAAUAAGAAAAACAAGGCAAUCCACUCGCGUAAUUUUUUUCAUGAACGUGAAAAUUUCCAGUCGGGGAAUAGAUGUUUGGUGGCCGGUUGGGUGUUCCUUGAUAUAUAGAGAGAUUUAAAAUCAACUUCGAAGUUGGAUGAAUAUUUUUUUUUAUGGUAGCGAGUUAAGGAGCUCUGAAGGGGUCACAGAAGGAGGUGACCAAGAGCUUUAUCCUGGGUCUUGUCUCAGUGGUUGGCUGAAGACUGACCAGGAUGAGAGGAAGUAGAAAAUGAGAAGAUAAAAGAUAAACUGAGGGAGAUAAGAAGACGGGAAGAAGAAAUGAGGAAGAUCAAACCAGAACAUAUUGAUAAAGACAAAUAGAAUUAUGAAGUUAAACGAAGACCAAAACAAAAUCCUUUGAAAUUGCUUAGUUAAAAGGGGGGGGGGGGUAAGAGAUGAUGGCAUGUUAAAGAAGAGAGAGAAAGAGAGCAAAAGAAAAAGAGAGAAACAGGAGGGCUGGGACAGUGUUUUCAAGAUAGAGUACUGAGUCUUCAGGUAGACAGGGGUAAGUUGGCAAUACUGGGGGUGUUGGGACUCUGGGAACUUAACAGGAAGUCUGGGAACUUAACAGGAAAUCUGGUACCAGGAAGUCAGGGAACUUAACAGGAAUUCUGGGGACUUCUUUGAAUGUAAAGUUUGGUGUAAUAAAAAUGCUACGAGUUUUUCUUAACGUUUCUCCAGUUUAGUAACUUAGCACCUCAAAAAAAUAAAAUAAAAUAAAUAAAAACAUGAAAAAAGGCAUUACUUCAGGGGUUAGCUUGUAAAGACGCUACACUAAGAGUACAGAAACUAUACUACUACUAAUAAUUACUAAUAAAAUAAAUAAUAGACUAACUAUGCUCCUAUUUAGUUAGACAUAUUUACCUAAAGAAAAACUAAAAUAAACUCAAAGAAAAAAAUAUCACUUGGUGCUGAAAGAAGAAAAGGUAGAUUUUUUUGAAUUAAUAUAUAUUGUCCUUGGGUACUUUUUUUGGGGGGGUGGGGGGGGUCUGAUUUUUUUAUUUAAUUUUUCGGACGUAUUUUUAAUGAGGAAAAAAUUUGGGGCUGAAAAAUACGACUGUUCACUUAAUGGGAGCAUCAUUCUUGUGUACAUAUCUCUCUCAUGGAUACUCAAAGAUGCGUUUUCUAUUUUUACGUAGUAUUAUCUCACUUGUCGACGAUGGUUCUGUCUUGAUGUCGUCUCAAUAUCUAAGAUAUUUUUUUUUCUCUUCAUAUUUCGAAAGUUUUUUUUCUCUCUCUCGCUGUGUGGGUUAUUGUGACUUAGUAGUGAGUAAGUGUAGUGGGCCGGGAGGAUGUAGCGGAUUCUACGUGUAUGAGGGUAAGACGUGUGGUGAUUGGUCCGUCCGUUCGUACAUCCGUCCGUCCCAGUCAUGUUAUGUUUCUAUUCCCCUCUACACCUAAGAUGCUAACCUCACUUAACCUGGCCUAAAUUAUCCUAACCUAACCUACCUGACGUGUCCUGACCUGACCUAGCGUAUCCUGGCGUAUCCUAAUCUAACCUAACCAAGCAUACCUGAACCUAGCCAAACCUACCCUAAAUCUCAUCCAGUCUUAUCAUACAUGAAAUAGCCUUUUACCUCAACCUAACCUAAUCUAACCUAACCUCUCUUACCCAUAGCACUAGACAGCGGCGGUAGGCAGCGUAUCAGACGACAGUACGUGUGGGGACCAAUCAACGCACUUCAUAUGCCCGGGUACACGUGGAUCUUGCUCUGCAUUAUGAAGGGGGGGGAGGGGGGUCCUCGCCCACAACCCACCUUCCCCCCACCCACUCUUCCCCCACACUCAUAUUUAUUAUUUUCAUGGUCGACUAGAGUUUAGUGAUGAUGGAGAAUUUAUUGAUUUAAAUGACAAAGAGAAAGGUUUAGACUAAGACAACAUUAUAAAAAAAAAUAUUAAGUGAAAACACAUAUCAUAUUUUGUGAUGUCGGAAAACCCAUCUCUCGGUACCUUGAGGUGAAGAACCCCGACUGGUCCUUCCUCUUGUGUUAUAACGUCGAGUUGAACCGCAAAUGGUUCUCCCUCCUGUCUGUUAUAACGUCGAGUUGAACCACGAAUGGUUCUCCCUCCUGUCUGUUAUAACGUCGAGUUGAACCACGAAUGGUUCUCCCUCCUGUCUGUUAUAACGUCGAGUUGAACCACGAAUGGUUCUCUCUCCUGUCUGUUAUAACGUCGAGUUGAACCACGAAUGGUUCUCCCUCCUGUCUGUUAUAACGUCGAGUUGAACCACGAAUGGUUCUCCCUCCCGUCUGUUAUAACCGCGUUGAACCACGAAUGGUUCUUCCUCCCGUCUGUUAUAACGUUGAGUUGAACCACGAAUAGUUCUCCCUCCUGUCUGUUAUAACGUCGAGUUGAACCCCGAAUGGUUCUUCCUCCCGUCUGUUAUAACGUCGAGUUCUUUCAUACAUUUUUUAUCCCGUUUACUUAUAAUAAUUCUCUACUACCUCUAUAUCGCCUUUUUCUCGUCCCUCAGCACCGAGCUAUACACUACACUACACUCUGGCCAGGUAGGUCGGCCUCACUUGUCUCGUUGAAUAUUGAUGAUUUUGUAACUUAAACCGAUCAUACGACUGAGAGGGGACACUCUAUUGCUUUUGAAAUUCGUGGUGUUAAUUUACCAACAAAUGCUCCUCGAUAGUUUUUGAUUGGAAAUUGUGAGAGGAAGCCAAGACAGUAAUAUGUAAAUCAUUAACAUUUGAAUAGGUAAAUAAAGAGUAAAAUUCAAGGAAAAUAAUGAAAAUGUCUUGAUUCCCUGCGUCAGCCUGACCUUAGUUGGGGUGUGACAGUAUGGCUGGGUGGCGCUGUGUUAUGCUUCCAGAUGGCUCUUUGUGCUCUCUGGUCAACGCCUCUCCUCUCUCUCACUACUUAUUUUCUUCUCUUCCAUUACCACGCCUUUAAUGUCUUCCCACUUACCCUCCUCAUCUCUCUCCCCUUAUUUCCAGUCACCCUGUCACGACCCGUCAUAAGUGAGGCAAGACAGCAUGGUACUGACUGGACUAUGAGAGUCACGUGUCAGGUGAAGGUGACAGAAGUGUCCAGUAAGCCAGGCAAGUCACAAAGUCGAAUGGUCCAGCCGCUUUUCUCAUUGGGUCGAGGUUCUUAGGCUGCUGUUGUCACAUUGUCUCGUCUGCACAUGAAGGCUGCGUCUCCCUUGCUCCGUAAAGGUGUUACCGAGAUGCUUUUGAUAAUUACCUUUUUUUUUGCCAAGGAAAUGUUGUUUUGCUACAAUAUCAAUGAAGGAACUUCUUAAGUAAUCUCUUGUAAACACACACACACACACACACAGCGGCACACACGCAGACAGACACACACGCAGACAGACACACACACAGACAGAUAGACAGACACAAUCACACUCACACAAACACACAGCCCUGGACAAUUUUCAAGGACGACCAGUACAAAGAAAAUUAUUUGUUUUUAUCAGCUAUAAGAAAACACGAGCGACAGACAGCGAAUCACCCACCAAAACUCUAAUUUGAAACAUUUGCGAGUCAACUCACGGCGUCAGUCACAUUGGUGCAACAUUACAUAUCACAGGUUUUGACACAGCUAAAUGUAGCUUGACACUUCUGAGAGUGUCUUGACCCCGACUUGACACUUCAUUCUCUGGUUUGACGUCCCUGAGGCUUAUUUGACACUAGAUAGAUACUUAUAGGCCUGGCUUGUGAUACCCUGGUUUGGCUUGACACUUGUAAUGCUGGCUUGAUACUCCUGGACGUGGUUUGGCAGUGCGCCGUCUGGCUUACUGUCGCCUGUCUCUCUCUCUCCUGUCCUCCCUGAUAAUGUAACAGGUGCGGUGGGCGUUACCUGGACACACCUCACUACGUAUUAACAAUUUGUAUCAUAAAUUCCUGUUAGACAGUUAAUGUUAUGGUGUUGUUCCUCCUCUUAUUAAAUCCUCUCGGUUUAUUGGUUCAUGAUCAAUAUUUCUUGAAGGUCAUAUUAUAUGUCAUUAGGAUAAUUCACCUUCUGGUCAGGAGUUCGUUGAUUCGUCAAAACACAUCCCGUUUAACCAAUCAACGCCGCCCCUGACGUCAUGAAAUUGAGUAAUAGUGACGUCAUCGAUCAGCUGGUGAGCUAUCCCUCAUCCUAAUCAAAACCACAGAAUUAUAAAAAAAAAAAUCAUUCCAUAUCAUUUUUCGUGUUUCGUUUUUACAACAAUCCACUUGGUGACUGUUUCUGUUGUCGAUAAACAGACUCAUAGACUCUAGUUGUAUGUGACGUCAUAAAGAGAAAUAUUUUCAUUUUAUACUGCUUUGUAACGUGAAAAAUAUAAACAAUGAAGAUUUUUAUUGCACAAAUUAUUGCUUUGUAAAUAUCUGAUGCAAUUAUUGUCACCAGUUUAGGACAUUCACGAAAUUAAACGUCAGAAUAUUG